CCUCACUUCUGUUUACGUUACAAUCCCCAAAUUCAAUUCAAAAAAUAUUCCUAAAAUCAUCAACUGUUUACGUUACAAUCCCCAAAUUCAAUUCAAAACAUAUUCCCAAAAUCAUCAAGAUUUCAUCUUUCUUUCUCCCCAGUUGAUCAAGAUUCUGAAUCUUUAAUCGUGGGUAUGGCGUCAAACCGAUCGCCUUCGCCACUUUCAUCAAGAAAUUGCAGAAAUUCGGAGUCGAAUUCGACCACCCGAAAGAGUUUUAGUGGCAACCCUUUUCCCAGACCCACUAAUCUCACAAACCCUAAAAGCUCAAACCCUUAUACCCCUUCAAACACCCCUACUGCAUCAGAUCUAGCGAAAAGAAACUCGAUUGUUCGUAAAAGCAUCGGUGGUGGAUCGAUGUUUCAGGACGGGAAGGAGAAUCGGAAAGAUGCCUUUCGAUCGCCCGCUAAAGUUUCUACGAAGAACUUUAUGUCGCCGACGAUAUCAGCUACUUCGAAGGUUACCCCUUCGCCGAGAAAGAAGAUCUUGGGCGAGAAGAAUGAAGUCACUCGAGCUUCUUUCGAGUUCUUGGGUAAGGAGUCUGAUCUCACUUCUGAAACACCGAAUUUCGAUCAAACUGUUAAGAUGAAUGAAGAAUCAGAUGUGUCGAAAAUCGAACACAUUGUUGAACAAAAAGAAGUUGUUCAGAAUGUUUCGGUUGAUGAGGUACAUUUAGGUUUAAUUAGUGAUGAGUCUGAUCUUGUUAAGAUAAGGCCCUUUUGUUGUUCUCCGAUGACUUCGCCUGUUAUCGCUGCGAAUGCUGACCCGCAGCUUCCUCCAUAUGACCCGAAAAAGAACUUUCUUUCACCUAGACCUCAAUAUCUUCGUUACAAACCAAACCCUCGAAUCGAAUUUCUUCUAAACAAAGAAGAUAACGAUGAUGAUUGUGGAGAAUCUGAUGUUACUCGGCUUGAAGACUGCUUUGAUCUUUCUGAUAGUUCAUCAGAAACCGAAGAAAAAGAACCAGAACAAGAAAAAGAAGCUGAAUCAGGUGAUGAUUCGGUUAAUUCGGUUAACGGGUCUGAAACGGAUUUGUCUGACACGGUUUUGGCUGAAAAACCAUUCGAUUCGAAGGCGGAGAAAGUAUCAAAAUCUCGGUUUUUUACCCGUUCAAAGACUGUUUCGUUUGUUUUUGUUCUUUUCCUAGUAGCCUGUUUUUCGCUUUCUUUCACCGAGUCUCCACCUAUUAACUUGCCAAUCUAUGAAGAUGUCGGUUUCUCGGAGAUUUAUCAUGAAUCUUUGAGGUUUGCAGCCUUUGCUAAAGAGUCAUUUGAUGACCUUGUUGAAAAAGUUAAGCAUUGGUCAAUGGAUUUGUUAGUUUACCUCUCUGAACAAAAAUCCCAUUUCAUCAAACCUCAAAAGUUUGAGUCUUUACAGUUCUUUAACUUGACAACUUCUCCUAUACAAGAAGAGUUUGUGUUCAAUAGACACAUUGGAACUGAUUACAUUCAAGAAGUUAAAGAAUUCGAAGAAGAAGAAAACGAAGACGAAGUUGUGACCGAAGAAAGUGAUGUAGUUGAUGAAGACGUUACCGAAGAAAUCGAUGAACAAAGUGAGGUAGUUAAUGAAGAAACCGAAAGGAUUGAAGAACCAAUCAAUGAGCAGAUUCAAAGUGAUGUUAAUGAAGUCGAAGAAAAAAGUUUGAACCUUGGUGAAGUUGAAGAAACAAAAUCAGAAGUAGUCACCCUUGAAGCUGAAUCAGAAAGGGUGCAAAAUGAAGUUGAAAUCGAGCCGAGUGUUGCAGUUUCGAAUGAUGAAUCAGAAGCUUCGAGUUUGUUUUCGACUCAAUCAAUUGCCACAAUCAGUGUGGCAGGUGUUUCCAUGGUGAUAUUGGCUGUUUUAGCAGUUUUCUACAUGAUCCAAAAGAAAUCCAGUGCUUCGAAAUCAGCCGCUAUUGGUGUUAACAUCGAUGAGAAUAUGCCCGAAGAGUCGGGCUCUUCAGAAAGCAUUAAUGUUCAAAAGGGUAACAAGAAGAAGAAAAGUAACAACAAGAGAGAGUCAUUGGCUUCUUCAACAUCACAGUUUUCAGUGAGUGAUUCAUUUGGAAGCUUCACUACAUUCGAGAGAAUCGCGAUCAAACAUAAGGAUGAAGUGAUGCUAACACCGAUUCGGAGAUCGAGCCGGCUUCUGAAAAGCCAAGGCAUUUCCUCCUGAUCAUCUUCAGUUGUUGCACCGAUCUUUGAGUGCUUGAAUAGGUUCUAACUUAGUUUGUUUAGAUUGAUUGAUUGAUAGAAUUGGUGCCUUGAAUUCUAAAUGUUUGUUUUCUGUUUGAGUAGAUUUCUUAUGCAACUAUUUAGCUGUUUGAGUAGAUUUCUUAUGCAACCAUUUAGCUGUUUGAGUAGAUUUCUUAUGCAACUAUUUAGUUAUAUAUUUUUUUUGUUA